AACAGAGACACAUGUUUUGGAUAACUGUGAAUUUUUUAAUUUGACUGCCUUGUUCAUUGGUGAUUCUGUGUUAACUCUUCGUGCAAAGCAUUCGACACUGAACACUGGCCCGGGUCAGCAGUGAACACAAAGUCUACCGCUUCUGCAUUUACUGCGACCUAUUGAUCUCUAAAUUUAUUUUUCGGGUGUAGAAUAAGAUCACCAAGAUGUUGACAUUCUUCCGUACCGGCAUGUUUGCAGGUGUUGCUGCAGCCAUGAUCACUAGUUGUAUAUAUUUUGUGUUCUUGAAGUAUGGUUCCGCCAUUUAUCUCUCGCUUUUGGAGAAAUCAACACUCAGUGAACUUCUUUUCAACCAUGAAACAUCCACAUUCUUGGUCAGCCUGUUCCAACGCUAUCUGAAGUUAAUAUUUGACAUCGCCGUGGCAGCGGCUGUCCUUAAACUCAAUGCCAUAUGUAUGGGAAAGUUCGUCUAUUUUAUGGAUGCAAGCAAUGCAAGCCGAACAAUCAAAUCAACAACCACUUCUGACAGUGCCAUCACACAAGCUGUCUGCGACAUUUUUGGGCAAACAUGGUUUGAACACCCCAUCAUUUGCGACGAUGAUUUCACGGCUCCUCCGGUGAAUUUAUUAAGAACUUACGGCCACAACUUCUAAUUCCGACCCGACAUUGUAUGGAUCAAUCAAACUACCGACGGCUUCUUACGGAUUGAAGGGCAGUGUUCGACUCUGAUCUCAUGUUCCGCACUUAUCCACGUUUUAUGAUUUUGACUGCCUCCGCUUUGUAAAAAAAUAUCGACGCACAGAAAAUAUUUCACAACAAAUUGUGCUAUGAACUUUAUUAACAGAAUAAAGAAAUAUGGCCAAAUAGGCAAACACUGUGAUGUGCAAAGUUGAAAGUAACAGGCAGAUCUCACCACAUAAAAUGUUGAACGUUUUGGGAACCAUUCCAAUA